GUGGUGGUGAUGACCCGCUAGAUCCUACUAGGGAACCUGCUUCGUGCGAGUCUUCUGGUAUUUUUUUUUUUUUUUAAGUAAAGUGUUUCAUUUAUUAACUUAAAUACACUUAUUUAUAUAUUUUCGAUGACAAUAUAGGUAGUGAAUCGAAGAAAGGUCGCGGGAGGAAUGUUUUAGCAAAUUUGGAAGAUAGAAGAAAAAAAGCUGGGGCCCCGUUGCCAUUAUUAGUGGAUAACACCUCCAACAGAAUAGUAGGGUUGGAGAGUAAAGCUUUCCCUCGUUUGGUAGGGAGGGAGAUUACAUUGCAUGUUCCUGGACAUUUUGAGAGUUGGGCAAAUGUUCCGGAGCAAUACGAACACCUUAUCUUAACCAAACUUCGAUAUUAUUAUCAGAUUGACGACAAUGCAACAUUAAUAGCAUUAGCUGAGAUGGCCGAAAAAUACAAGACGAGAAAGAAUAUUAGGCUGGCACAUUUCAAGGAAUAUUACACAAAACCAGAAGACUUCGAAAACGCUGUCAAAAACCCCCCCAAUGAACUCAAUGAAGAACAAUGGCGACUAAUAUGUCAGUUGUUCACAUCUCCUCAGUUUAUUGCUCGUUCUAAGCAAAAUUCUCUCAAUCGGCAGAAGAUGAAAUACUCUUCAACACAAGGGUCGAUAACAAUGGCCGAAACCCUUCAUGAAAAUCAAAGCAAGGGUUACAUUGAGAAUUGGAAGGAUUGUCAUACAAAGAAAUGCACAAACACCUUUGUCAACGACUAUGCCAAAAAUGAAUGGGAACGGAUGAAGAAUACUUAUGACAGCCGAUCUAGUACUUCUGACUCUACAGAAGUUUUUGAGAUUGAGAUACUCCAUGAGACUCUUGGAGAGAGGCGUGGCCAUAACCGAGGAGUGGGUCGCAAAUUGAAAGGACAAUCAUCAAAACGGCGUACACAACCAACAACUACUAACCAGCCCGACUUACAGCAGACAGUAGCUCAAUUGCAAAGACAAGUUCAGAUAUUGUCUCAAAAACUGUCUCCUGAGGAACGUGCUGAAAUGGAUCUUGAGAUGAAUAAUGCAGCUCCAACGCAACCAACGCAUCCACGACCAUCUCAUUCUCAUAUGCCUAGAGAUGGAUCUGGUCCAUCUUUUCAGCCAAUGGGUUUUCAGCAUCAGCAAUCGCAACAGACUCCUUUUUCCUUUCAGCAACUACUACAACAACCUCCUAUUCAUUCGUCUGCAUCUUUAACCCCUGAACACAUGAUUCAAUUUCAACAAUAUCAGAUGUUCCAGUCAUUCUUCCAGAUGAUGUCACAGUCGCCAAACAGUUCACAAGUAAUGAUGCAGAUGAUGACACAAUCGCCUCAGACGUCUCAAGUUUCUCAGUCACGGACGCCACAAAUGAUGCCGACACAACAAAUGUCUCAGAUGCCGCAUACUUUUCAGAUGAUGCCGAUACCACAAGGGCAGCAAUAUGGGCAGCAAACAUCAUCGAUGAUGCCUACAUCACAUGGCCAGCAAACAUCGCCAAUGAUGCCUACACCACAUGGGCAGCAAACAUCGCCGAUGAUGCCAAGUUCGCAGGUGCUGCCCUACUACCCACAGAUGCCAAAUGUUCCUCAGCAACAAAUUCCGAGAAAUGCUAGUGAUGAUGACGAUGACGAUGCUACUACAAAUUUCUUUUAG